AUGGCCAAAGAACAUGAGAUAUCGACAAAUGAAAGAAUAUUUCUUAUUGAAUCUUUGAAGCAGGGCCUUAGGUUUGAUGGGCGCAAACUUGAUCAAAUGAGAACUCCGGAAAUUACGCUUUCCAAGACUGAAUAUGGUUAUGUGGAAGUGAAGCUCGGGAAGACAAAACUUGCAGUUAGAGUGAGUUGUGAAAUCAGUAAACCUUUUACCGAUAGGCCAUUUGAAGGAAUCUUCACUAUUAAUUCUGAAAUCAGCCUGAUGGCGUCACCAUUUUUUGAAAGUGGAAAGAACUCGAACGAGGAAGUUCUUAUUUCAAGAUUGAUCGAGAAAGCGGUGAGAAGAUCAAAUGCUUUGGAUCUCGAGAGCUUGUGUAUUGUAGCCGGAGAGAAAGUCUGGCAUAUCCGUGUUGAUAUUAACUUUUUGAAUUAUGAUGGUGGAUUGAUUGAUGCUUCAUGCAUUGGUGUGAUGACUGCGCUUCAACACUUCAAGAAGCCAGAUGUCUCCAUCAAAGGAACGGAGAUCAUUAUCCACAAUACAGAUGGGAGGCAGCCAGUACCGUUAAGCAUUCUCCAUGUUCCAAUAUGUGUAACAUAUUCUUUUUACAACCCCGGUGAUAAGGAGGAAAACAUUAAAGGGCUGUUGAACAAGGAAAUUGCCAUUAUGGAUGCUACUAUGAAAGAAGAAAUAACGAGAGAUGGGUCAUUGGUUAUCACUAUGAACAAAAAUCGCGAACUCAUCCAAUUAUCCAAGAAUGGAGGGUUGCCUAUCGACGGCACUAUUCUUUUGGAGUUAGCAAAAAGCAGUUUCCAGGUUACAGAACAUCUCACAGAACAAAUCAAGAAGUUGCUAAAGGAUGAUGAAGAGGAGAGGUACAAAACUAUGCAUAUGGAGUUGCUUGAAGUCGGGGCUUCUAGAUAG